CUGGAUCCACAUCACCUUCCAACUUUACUCCAGCAACAGUGUGUGAAACUCGAGACAGCUCAGUUUCUUCACGAUACCGGCGUUUCUUGAGUUUCAAUGCUUCUAGUCCAACAGCUACGCGGGGAGACAAAGCAUCCAUUAGAGUGUAGUGAGAAUUUUUUCUGAGGAAUGUACGUGCUGUUCGUUCUUUCCACAUCUGAGCACCAUGAAGUUGCUGUUCCAGUUGUGGCAAUGAAUCCAAAAGAACUGAAAUGGAUCGUCCCCGACUCACUAGGUCUUCCAAUGUGUCAACAUAAGGGAAAUUAGUUGCAUUCUGGAUGUCUUCCACUCUCUUAAUCCACUCCUUUCCCUUCUUCAAAGCAUCUUUCAAAGGUAUUACACUGGGCAAAUGAGCAGAAAUGUUGUCAGCUUCCAGCAAUAUGUUUUCAAUAUUUUCAAUAGGGAGAAGAGAAUGAGCUUGAAGGUUUUGGCGAGCUUUUUCUUCCCAACGUUCUACUUGCGUCAGUAGAAUUUGCAACUCACCCAUUGCCUUUUCCACAGCAGGAUGAGGAGCUAAUUCAAUACCAGAGGCCAAGAGUUGACGCAGCAUCUCGGUAGUUAGUUUAUCUGGUUCGGAACGCUGAAACUGAACAUUCUCAAGCCAUUGCAUUUGCUCGUAAUACUGUUUAAGUCUUGGAACUUCAGGUAAGUCAAUAUCAAGAGCAUAACCUAAUUCUAAACAUGAAGAUAGUUCUUUUGAUUCAGGAAACUCAGACUUCAAAAGUUCUUCACUCUUUUCUUUGAAAGUUUCCACUCUUUUCAGUAGAUCUUUCAUUGCAGUAGUUUCCUUCAUGUUAACAGGCAAACUUUCCAUCUUACUUACAUAAGUACGAAUUUCUUCAAUUGUAAUUUUUGGUUUUGAUUGCAUUACUUGUCUGUUUCUUGUGCGCACUUUAUUGAAGCACAAUCCUUGGGCAACUUUUGCAUAACGCUCUGAUUCUGCAACAAUUUUCUGGACUGAAUCCAAUAAUUCGGUGGGAACAAACUUCUUUUCUUGAGCCUCUUCCAACAGAGCUUUCAAAGCACUCAAGUCUUUUUUGGGAGUUUUGGGAUCAAUACUGUCAUGAAGAUUAGCAAUCCAUGUAUCAAAUGCAUCUGCACGUAUUCUUAAUUUGUGCAACAUAACAGGAAGUUCAUCUAGAGUAUAACGGUAUCUGAGUGUGUGUUGGUCAGGUUGGCAAGAACAUAAACUUGUAUAGUGUCGAAGGCAGGCCAACUUAUCACCACUACAGCUACACGUAACAGCUGACAAGAAACAUGUUGUUUUGCAGACCUCACACUGUCGUUCAUCAUCAGGCAAUAAUUCAAAAGCUUCUCUUUCUGCUUCAGUGAUUCCCCAUUCCAAGAGAGAUUUACGCAACUUCUUUUCACAUUCAACCAUUUCAAACAUAUCUUGAUAUGCAGCAACUGCUACUGUUAUAUCCAAUUCAUCAGGGUUCAGAGCCAUUUUACAUACUAGCUCAUCAUGAGAAAAGACACAAAAACGAUGAAGAACUGAGUAGUGAUUUACACAUUCACGCCCCAUUUUCAACCAGUCAGCAGGUGCAAAGUUCACUGCUUCUGCAAAAUUGUAACCUUGAUUGAAACCCGCAUGGUAAGCUCGAGGAAAAGUCACCACAAACUCCCCUGCAUGUUGAUCAGUGCGGCAAACGGGGACACCUUCCGCCAUUAAAAUGUUAGGAUUCAUAAUUGUGACUAAUUGAUGAAGCAAAUCUGGUUGAGAAUGAAAAAGUUCAGGAGCAGCUUUUUUCAUAGCAGCCUCAAAACAUUCAGCCUUGUUUCCAGAAACACCAUACCAAGUUUUUGGUUCUCCCCAAUGCAGAUAAUUUAUUGAGUAACUCCAAUGGUCUUCAUUGUGCCAACAAAAAGUGGCAAAACACAUUCCAACAUACAUCCAUGGGACCUUCAUACCUGAAAUAUCUGCAUUUAUGUGACCCAGAACUGAUCCUUCCAAAACAGGCAAAUUGUUCAGAUUCCAGCCAGAAUCUGCAUACACUUGAUCAAUAUCAUAAAUUUUCCCAUUGGAGUUUUUAGUUGGGAAUCCAGAACCAUGAUCCAUUGUGUGUAGAUCAGCACCAUACUCAACUGUCACAUCUUCAUCAAUAGAUGAUACAAUUCGCCAAAACUCCCUUUCCACUAGAGAUGUUGGCACUAAAUGAACAGGCAUAUUGAAGUAAUCCGACUUAAAUUGGUCAGCCAUUUCACCAAACUGUUGCAAAGUAUAUUCUCUUUGAGCCUGCUCAAAACCAAAUGCUUCUGUGGGUUUGCUAACCUCUUCUGCUACACACUUUGGACACCGCCAGUCUCCUUUUGGUAUAUCUGGCAAUGGAGGCAGAAGACAGAAAGUGUGAUAGCUAUCAUCACAGCCAUCACACAGCAACAUACACUCUUCAACAUCUCCACGGCCACAAUUGUGACAUAUGUAUUUUGCAAGUGGAUCAUAUUCAUAAUUUACUUUCUUUCCUCUGGUUUUAUUUUUUGGUUUCUCUUCUUUCUUUGUUUGAUAACCAGCCAUUUUGGGGCCAGCACCAUAAAACUGCAGUCUCCUGAGCUCUUUGUUAUCAUUGGAUGAACUUCCAUCUUCAUAAAUUAUUUCAUCUUCUGGAAAUUCUGAUGAAUCGUAACGUUUUGAUCUUCGACCAUAUUUUUCUUGAGGCGGCUUGAUAGCUUGCCGAGAUGGUAUCCCAUGUGGCUUGUAAUCUUUGUCUUUAGUUUCGUUACUAUCUGAUUCUACCUUUAGUUGAGAAAGUACUUUGCCAUUACAGAAGACAUCAUAAGGAUAUAAAAUUCUUUCAUAAUGAUGCUUCAGCAAACUUCCUAGUCCUUUCGCAUCAUUAAAUCCCAUCUUGAUAGAUAUUUUAUUCCAUUUCUUUUCCUUUGUGACUGUUUCAGCUCCUCCUUCAUCUUGUACCAGUUUAAACAGUGUGUAAAGAUCUAAUGCCUUUUUCUCUACCACAGGAAUUUUAAGAGAGGAUCCUUGAAGUUCCCAGAACUUUGCUAUCUGAUCCAGAAAAUUUAGCUUAAUUCUUGUUUUUGCUUCUAAUUCAUUAAGGCGUUGAAUUCUGGGAGUAAACUUGAAUUUAUCCACAUCAACUGCAAAGGGAGGUUGCCAGUCUGGAGGUGGUUUUAUCUUGCAGAUGCCAGAAUUUUCUGCAAUAUGACGAAUAGAAUUAAUGUACUUUAAAGGAUCUUGAAAUUCUUCCUUUGUAGGUUCAAAUACAGGAGCUUCUUGAGGUACUUGAAACUUGAAGUCACCAAUUCCAGCAUGUUUGGAAUGUUUAUCUUGCACAUUACCUCUAGAUGAAUUCAUUGUUUGUUCCAAUACUUUUUACAACUUGGCUCUCACAACUUCAAAAAAUAACAUCAAAACUACUUUACACACUAACUUAUAAUUAACUAAGUACAAUUUCCUAAUAAUUCACACAAAUUAAUCAAUACUUAAUAUAAACUCACAUUGACUUAUGAAUAGCACUGAUUUUUUCCCUACAUUUAUCGAUAAUCAUUAUUUUCAUAAUGUUCAUCUCAUUUGCAUGGUCAUAAAAAUACUGAAAAAUCCACCAUAGAGCAUGUGCUCAAAGUACAAAUUUGGAAACACACAUCUGGGUCAGUCUGGUCAAAUGAAUUUUCAAGGUGGUGGUGGUGGUGGUGGUGAUGAUGCUGAUGAUGAUAACUUAAUUAUUUCUGGGAAUGGCAGACAUCAGAUGUUAUAAAUCUCAUUAUUAUUCUUCCUCGGCAAUUUCUUCAAUUCAGAGUUAUGAAAUCUCGGAAUAUGAUUCCACGAUACAUUUUUGAUAUCUUUCUGUCCCAAUAAUCAGGUGUUUUUGGAAAGCAAUCGAACAAAGGGGGACAUAACCACGCACAGUAAAGAGGCGAAAUUUCCGAAGCAAUGGAAGAAAGAAACUAUUUUCCGAAGCCACAACUACUGCAUCUGGAAGACCAACUUCCGCGUUUUAAGUCUUUACGUUUCGUCGCUCUCCAUGCACUGAGUCUUGUAUUUUAUCACGUACUCCACACAAAUAAUGAUAUAUUACGCAAUAAAACAAUUCUAAUGCUUCUAAUAUUGACGUGAGUCGACUGCAAUCGAGGUAGACUCGGUCAACACUAUGGCGCACGUUCACUCCAGUAUGUUGGCUGCUGAAGUUUUCACGUCUGAUUUUCACUUGUUUACUAUUUCGCACUCAGCGUUGCUUAGCGUCCUCGGACAUUUAAACACCGGGGUUUGACGUUUCGUGAUAGCGGUUUGGUAAGGUCGUUGGAAAGGUGAAAACCCUAUCAAGAGGAUUUUUUCUUAAUUUUCUUGUAAGAAAACGAAAUUCAAUAUGUCGAUGGAAGUUAGAAAACGGAAAGAUAGCCAGUUACAAACAAAAACCAAUAAGGCAGAUUCUAAGGACAGAUCGUCUGAUGAAAUAAAACCAAAAUUUGGCCCACUUCCACAGUUUCGAACGCAGAGAGUAUGGGCCCGAGGAGUAAUGGUAUUAGGAGUAUUUGCGGUUGUGUAUUUUUCAAGCAAAUCAAACAAGGAAAUUGCCCUUGCAAAAUAUAAGGAUGUUCAUGAGUAUCUAGCUCAAGAAGUCUCCUGUUCUGCAUCUUACAAAGAUGAAGUGAUAAAAUUUCCUGGCUGUCUACCAAAACGUUGUGGGCGUCUUGUAUCAGACAAAAUAAUUUCUGCUUCUGAAGCAACAGCCCUUCUAGAUAUGGCUAAGCGUCUGCUGGCAAUGGGGAAACCACUUGGAGGAGCUGCAAUUUUAGAUUUACAUUCUGGAGCAAUUUCAUAUGAGCAAGGCUUUGUAAAUAUGUACAAAAUGAAUGAGGCAGCCAGUGUCUUCAGGGACUCUGACUUUGAAUUAUAUAGAACUGUGCAAACGAAGAUUCAACUUGCUGUAGCUAAUUACUUUCAAGUGGAAAGAGACAUUUUAUAUCUCACUCAUCCAACUUUUUUCUCACGAUUAACCAGUUCUCCUCCACUAACAAUUCAUGAUGAAUAUUGGCACACUCAUGUGGAUAAGGAAACAUAUGAAGCAUUCCAUUUCACAUCACUUUUGUAUUUGAGUGAUUAUGGUAGAGAUUUUCAAGGUGGGAGAUUUGUUUUUGUUGAUGCAGACAAAGUAAACAGAACUGUGGAACCAAGGACAGGUCGUGUUUCUAUGUUCACUUCAGGUUCUGAGAAUACACACUUUGUAGAAAGAGUUUCUGCUGGUACAAGAUAUGCCAUUACUGUAUCAUUCACUUGUGAUCAGAAGCAUGCCAUAUCACACCCAGUAAUUCAUGAUAAAAGGAAUACAUAAUGUCAAGUGUAAUGCGUUGAAAUUAUUGUAAAUAUUGUGUAAUGUAUUUAUUGUUGUAACAAUGAUGUUAGGGAUACAUGCAUUUUAUUUAAAAGUUGUGUGAGAGUUAAACCAGUGAUUCUAUUUGAAUUUUUUAAAAUCUUGUGUUUGUAAAUGAGGAAUUGCAACUGUACAAACAGUUAACAUUAAUUUUAACAAUUUAGAAAUUAAUACAAUGCUACACUCUGUUUCAACAGUUCUUUAUUGCAGUUGGUUUUAGCUUUCUCACCCUUUUUCCUGAAAAUUUCAGAAUUUCGCAAUAUAAAUUGUACAUGUGCACAAAUUUCAAUUGUGUGCUCUUGGAAAAAUAAGUAAACUUUGUAAAAAUAAGUAGACAGCAACAUUUUUGGUAUGAAAUACAUUUGACCAUUUAUAACUGAAUAAAGAGAAGGAAGAAAAAUAUUUGAAAUUUCCCCAACUACAUAAAAAAUGGAAAAAUGUGUUGUAGCCUUACCUCUUGUGGAAGAAAUGAACUACUAGAAAUCUAUCUUUUUGUUAAUGUUCUAAUGUUAAUUUGAUCUGAAAAUGGUUCAUGCACUUGAGAUUGAUACCUCCCUUUUUCAUAACCAUCCAAUAUUACAGUUUAUUUUGUAUCUCAAAUAGUAAUAAACUGUAUUUUUUUCAAAAGUAGUAAAAAAUUGUUCGCCGCGCGAAGCGGAGGAGGGCGCGUGAGCCACCGCUAGCAGAACACAGCUUUACAUGGUAGGCUUCCCACUGUGCCGCCGGUCGCUGCGUUUUACCUGCUGCGAUCCCUUUGUUCGUCGUCGCCAGAGGGUCGGCGAAACAUACCCCUGCAGAACCCACCCCCUUCCACGGCAGUGCGGCCGUGGCUGCAGUGGUGGCGGCGUCGGAGGGGCUCUGCUGCUUGACGGAGGCGCGCCGCCGUUGCGACGUGGGAAUACGCCAUGUUCAUUUUCCUUUCAGAAAAGGGAUGGCUCUCUCAAGUUUUUCCCUUUGCGCAAGGCUCGGCAUGAAUGUUCCCGGGUUUCGCCACGUGCACAAGACGUUCACGCCAGAGAGUCUUCAACCUUCAAGACUAUAGACAGCGAUGAAAGUUCAUGCUCCUGCAUACUGGUCAGUCCGCUUAAGUAAUCAGAGUACUAACGAAAAAUAUUAGAGGAUAAAAAAAUGGGGGAAAUGCAACUAUUGAUACUUUAAUAAGUUGAUGAAAAAUAAUGGAGGUUCAUGGAAGUAAUAAU